CGUUUUCCAGGUUGAUCACCACCACCACCAUCAUCCAUGCCACCACCCAAAAACCAUCGGGUACAUUCUACAAGCAAUCUUCGCCCGCACUCGCGUUCUUCUUCGUCGACAAAGCUAGCAGGAAAUCUGCAGAUAAACCAUAAGGACUUCGUCCAGCCGAAAGGGGUUGAAAAAACGAAGAAAAUCAGUCAUGAGCAUGCUAGGACCACCUCACCUCUUCCACGUACAAACAGCGCAGUCCGGGUAGAGGCGAGAGAACGGGAGCACCAAACUGCACCUCCAUCGAAACGUCAGCCUCCUUUAGCCACGGCGACCACGAAUAAGUCCAACGGGUCCAAGUUGAAAGGAGGCUUCACAAUUAGUGUUGAUUCCGAGGAUGACGACGAUGCAUGGGUGUCUAGCGAAGCUGAUACGUCUACUGAAUCAGUAAGCUUGGCCCGCGAAUCGGAUCCAGACUCCGAUACAGAGAACAACGCUACGCCUGUCGCCCGUGAAUCGUCGAUGCCACGUCUAACGAAACGGACGCCAUCGACACAGAAUACUGUUGCUAAGCGAUCCGGCUCAGAAACGGGCUUAUCUAGGGUAAACACAGCAAGACCACCGGAUGCAAAUGGGUCGAGCAAGGGCGUUGCUCAAAGGAAUGGUGCGUCUCGGUUGGAGCGAACGGGGUCACAGCGUCGGGUCCAGAUUUCUAAAGCACUUCCAACCCCCGUCACCUCUCCUCUGAUGGCUGGUGCAGAGCCAAAUCAUCAUGAUUCACGUCCGGACGGACCUUCCACACAGCCGUCUGCAUCUGCGUCUCAAUCUCAACUUCUUACACCCUCAGAACCAUCCCCCAAAAUCAUUGAAAAUAUCACCGCUAAAAUGCAAUUGCCGCCCACAUUCUCUCCGAAUCGCAGUGACAGCCACCCGCCGUAUCAGACGAACGCUAUUUCCAAUCCCUCGUAUCAUUUUGCCACUCCAGACGAGAUGGCGAAACAAAGCCAAGCGCUCAGACACGUCACUGCGCCAGGCAAUGACACGGAGGCCAGAACAAUGCCUCAUCAUUUCCAGAAAAUCAACGGCUCACCGAUUUUGCCACGCGGCCCCCCCCCCGGCUACUUGCAGCAAAGGAACGAUAGACAAUCUCGUUAUCUCAAUGAUUGUCGCUUGAUGGAUCCUUCAGCAGCUGCCCGUUUUGCAGAGGCCAUUGCAACUCAGGACCAGGAUCCCGCCGAGCUCGCUGCUCUUCUGUCCAAGCCUAGCUCACCCAAUGUGACGGAGAAUAGGUUAUAUCCUAGACCCGGGAAGAGUCCUGGAGAUGCUGUAAAGUCAACAGUCGCUGGGGCAGUCACAGAGAAAGCCCAGGGGCAAACUGAUCAGACUUCUGACAAUCGUUUGCAUAGUUCAGCCAUUGCCCCGAGUGAAUCUGCCAGCAACUCGACGUCUCCCCGUUCCAAGCACCAUUCCCGACCCUCGUCCGUUUAUUCCGUUUCUAGCAAACAUCUUCGACCUCAUCCUUUGAUACGAGGUCAAUCCCAUGGCCCAUCAGGUACACCGCCCAAACCGGCGCCGUUGGCGCCGUUGACUGUCAUACCCGAUUCUGCUUCCCAGCUUUCUAGCUCUGCUCCGAAUGACAGUAGCCUCACUGAUAGGCAUAUGCCAACCUCCCCGAUUUCUUCAUUGACUGCCCCUCCCUCUCCUAAUGCACCUAUCACAACCCAAUCGCUUUUCCGUCGGUCCUCAGUGUCCUCAGCCCGAAGCAUAUCCACUCUACCUGUCAUGACUUCUGUUAAAGAGGCCCGAAUGAAACCCGACAGGCACCGAACAUUGUCUUCCAUCUCCUCUUCGUCCUCCAUAGCUGCCCUUUCCUCUUUGGUCCAUCUCCCUGUCACCACAUCUCAUCGGAUAUCCCUUUUCCCUCCCAUUGAUGUAGAUGUUGGGAAGAUUCUUCCUCUUCUUCCUCCGCCUUAUGCGGAGAAUCAUCUCCAGUUUUUGGCCCACCGAUCCCCAUUAAGGGCGUCUUAUAAUCGGGUAAUGCGAGCGAAAGUGGCGGCAGCAGGAGGACGCUAGCUGCGGUUGUCGAGUACUCCUAAUUUCCUGUAUUUUGAUUCCCCCGCCGUGCGCUACCUGUUUUCUAGGUAUUGGACACUUUACAUUACAUUACUGUACUUCUAAGCAAUUCUGCGGUCAUUUCUUUAUCGUGUAUUGCAUAAUAUCACUGCGGUUAUGACGAGGUGCUGCAUUUCAGCAGCGGACU